AAAGGUGGAAAUAAAAGACACAAAUGCAGUGCUAAGGACCACUAUUAUCUAUCUGACUUACAGUUAUUGAGAUUGAAUCUUUUAGAUCAUGAGAAAAGAAACUGACAGCACCGAGAAUCAGUGCAUUCCAUUCAGUCUUUCAGUCUCUGUCCUGCCUUCUCCAUGCAGCAGGUCAUCAGUGUCUGGGUACGGGACCCACGGAUGCAAAAGAAUGACUUCUGGCAUGCCUACAUAGACUAUGAAAUUUGUUUACAUACCGACAGUGUGUGCUUCACCAAGAAGAUCUCACAAGUGAGAAGGAGAUACAGUGAGUUUGUAUGGCUCAGGCGAAAACUGCAGGCAAAUUCGAUGCUAAUGGUACAUGUACCAGGGCUGCCCCCUAAAAACCCUUUCUUCAGUCUUAAUAACGCUCAGCAGAUCACUGAUCGAAUGAAAGGGCUCCAGAAAUUUUUGGAACAAGUCCUUCAGAACCCUCUGCUGCUGUCCGACAGCUGCCUUCACCUUUUCCUACAGUCACAGCUUAGCGUGCCUAUGAUAGAGGCCUGCGCUGCUGGAAGGACGCACUACUCUGUGGUUCAGGCUGUGCAACGCUGCGGCCUCCGGAGAUUCCACUCAGAAGAGGAUCUGCACAAUAACCUCAAAAUUUCCUGUGACUCUGACUCAGAUAGCUCCGAGGGUAGGGAUCCAGAACACAAGAUUAAAGAUUUGGAAGCUUCUUCUCUUGAUCUCAUUGAAACAAGCCAGGAGGAAGAGCUGAGCUGCUUAUCUCGUUCUACAUGAAAGCAUCAUCUUCAUACUGCUGACAGAAUGUGGGAGUCUCUGCACCCAUACAAUGUUUUGGAUGAGCGAAGGAAAAAGCUAUUACCGUAAACCUGUUACUGCACUUAACAUGUCUCGUCUUAAUUAUUUCAUUUAUUUAAAAAAAUGUCACAGCUUCUUGUGUUCUUGAUGAGACGUUUUAGUUUGAAAUUUGCACAGUAAAUAAUAAUAAAAAAUUACCUCUUGUAUAUUACAUAUCUAUUAUCUAUCUACAUUUAUAUCUAUCUACAUAUCUACCUGCACGUUCUCAGAUUGUCUGAAUAAAUACAAAGUUGUACCAACAAUUUGCCUGAAGAUGGCAGUGUUGUAACAGCAAUGCGUUUGUAUAAUCUUUGCUUCAUAAACAUUGCUUGAAUUUUGGUCAUUGAGACUGAAACUGGUCAGAUAUGAGUGCAGUGAAAGCCUUUUGUUCUCCUCUCUGUGCUUCACUCCCAAUCAAGGGAAGGGUGUGGAAAGCUUGUCAUCUGGUGGCCACCGCAGUGCUUAGCAGUAUGACAUGUGUAAUAGGGUCUCUGCAGAGUUUUUAGACAGCCCCCUUGUCAGGUGUGUGGCUGGUAGGAGGUCCUGUGGGAUCCCAAUGGACUUGCUCCUGUCUGAGAGGGCUAUCGGGUAGACAGGCUACAUUGCUCCCUGCUGAACAAAAUGCCAGCUGCAAUGACAAGACACCCUUUCUACCUGUCUCCUUUGCUUUUGUUAGUCUGAGCUCACCUACUGCAGUCACAUCUCAGCGUGUCUGUUCGUGUGUGUUUAGUAAACACACACGCCUGCUCUCACAGUGAACACCACCGUGCUUUUUUUUUAUUUUAUUGCAGAUGUAAUAACGAGUAAAGGGAGUGGACAAACUGACAUAUCUGCAAAACUCAUUAGAUGAAGUGUUUUGCUUACUUUGGUUUUUUCCUCUGCAGCAGCUGGGUGAGAUUUAUUGUGAAUUCAGAGGGUGGAAGAGAUAGUAGGCUUAUGUUAGAAAGAACAGAGCAGUGACGUCAUCUUAAACACACUGAGAUGAACAGCCGCCGACCGAGCUGCCACGGGAAGGUGGGACA